AUGGAAUCUAAAGAAUUAGAAAAAAAAUCUGAUUUAGGAAAAGAAGUGCUAAAAAAAGACAGCAAUGAAAAUAAAAAUAUUGUAAAAGAAAAAAAUAAUAAGUUGACAAUUAAAAAAGACAUGACAAAAAAUGGAGGAAAUAUAAUUGAUAAUGUUACAUAUUCUCAAAAAAAUGUAACAAUUGAAUUAGAUAAAAAAAAUUUUAAUCAUUCAAAAAGUGUUGGCAGCUACUUUAGCGAAGAUGAAAAUUGUGGAAAAAAAAUAGAAAAUUGUAAGGAGAAAGUUAGACGUUAUGCAUAUUGCAAACUUCAUGAAGAUGAACGUGAUGGAAAAGGAAUGACAAAAAAAGAAAUUAAAGAUAAAUGGCAUCGAAGUGAAUUAAAAAGUGCCUUUCAUGCAAUGGUUGAUGAUGCACGUAAGAAAUUUUUAGAAGAACCAGAAAUAUCUACAACACCUCUCAUGACUAGUGCUUCUAAUGAAAAAGAAAAAACAAAGUCAGAUGUAAUUUUAUCAAAAUCUUCUCCUGAAAUUAAACUUACUGAUGGUAAAGGAGAACUUAAGACUGACAGAGUUUUAUCAAAAUCACCAAUCCAUGGUGGUACUUCUGAAGUGGUUUCGUUUAAAGUUACUUCUAAUGGAAAAGAAGAGCCAAAGAAUGAUACGUUAUUAUCAAAAUUACCAGUUAAUGAUAGUACUUCUAAUGGAAAAGGUCAACUUAAGAAUGAUACAGUUUUAUCAAAAUCACCAGUUUAUGUUAAUAUUUCCAAUGUUGUUUUACCAAAAGUUUCUUCUGAUGGAAAACGUAAAAAUAAAACUGAUGUAGUUUCAUCAACACCAACUACUAAUGUUAAUACCUUUGAUGAGAAGAUGGAUAUGGAUGAGAAGAUUUCACAAAUGGCUUUUGAAAUAGAGAAUCUUAAUGAAAAAGCUUUUUCACUUCCACAUCAACCAGAAAAUAAUUUAUCUUCAGAUUCAACAAGUAAAGAAAGUGAGGAAAAUGAAUAA